AUGCCUGGGUUCCCGUUCCCCGCCGCGCCUGCGGUGCUGCGAUACAGGCUAAACAGGCGACUCGGCCGCAACCUUGCGAUCGCUAUUUUUUUCUUUAUUGCGCUAUUCGCGUUAUGGGAUUCCCACCACGAGAAACCGCUUCCGCCAACCUUCUACCCGUUCGAGACCACGAGCGCGUUUUCACCCGUCUCGCUGGAUCGCGUCAAGAGCAAGACCUUGGAGGAACUAUGCGACACCUUCCCCCACCAUCUCGCGCAGCGUAUUCAGCCCGUCCUGAAAAUGGGCCACGGCGAAAACCCCAAGAUGGUUGACGCCCAGUUCGGCAGCGUCUCCGCUUGCUUCCGUCCAGAUGAGCUGCUCGUCUUCUCCGACCUCGACGAAAUGGUUCAAGGUCGCCACGCUAUCGACAUCCUUGCCAACCUUCCCCAAGCCUAUCGCGACCCGGACGAGCAAGGCCGCACGAACCAGGAUUACAUGAACUACGAGACCAUGGCGGCGCUGGCCAGGGCGAAGAAGUUGACGCCGGAAAACGACCCGGCCAAGGGCAAGAAUGGUUGGCGUCUCGACAAGUACAAGUUUCUCGCCGGCGUCGAGCGCGCAUGGCAGAUGCGACCGGACCGAGACUUUUACGUCUUUUACGAGACCGACACCUACAUCUCCUGGGACAACAUGUUCCGGUUCCUCUCCACACUCGACCCACACGCGCCUUUGUACAUGGGCAGCCCCUCCCCUGGCAGGCAUGACGAAAACCAGAACAAGGAAACGUGGUUUGCCAAUGGGGGGCCUGGGUACGUGCUGUCGCGCGGCGCUAUGGAGAAGCUCUUUGCUCGCAAGUCUUCAUCAGAGACUGGCCACCUAACCGAACCGCCCGUGUCACUCAAGUACCUCGACCUUGUGCGGAGUGAUCCUUGUGGCGACUCGGUCCUCGGCUGGGCACUGUGGAAUGCUGGAGUGCCGCUGAGCGGUUUCUUCCCCCUCUUCAACACCUACCCCGUCCACUCUAUGCCAUACACCGAGCGGUUGUGGUGCCAGCCAUUCUUGACGAUGCACAAGCUCACACCAGAAGACCUCAUCGGGGUCUGGCGCUGGGAGCAUGGCAGGCGGACGUUGGGUAACCCUCUCCUGUAUUCGGACCUUUUUGACUAUUUCCCCUUUGCCACGCCAGCGAUUCCCGACGUUCGGGAGGAUUGGGACAACACCAACUGGGACCGUCUCGGGCCCGGCCGUGACGUUUAUGUGGACUCGGUCAAGGCUUGCCAGAAAGCGUGCGAGGACAGUCCGAGCUGCCUACAGUACCACUACCAGGGGACUCAAUCAAGAAAAUGCGUCCUGCAACAGUUCAUCAACCACGGCGUGGCGAAGAAACCCGAGACGGUCGAGAAAAAGGUCCCGAUCCCGGGCACCGGAAACGAAAAGGACAAGGGUGCGGGCAAAGAGAAGCAGAAGUUCAAUACCAUCAAGCACAAGCACAAAUACACAAGUGGUUGGAUGAAAUCGAGAAUCAGCGUGUGGGUCAAACAGCACUCCUGUCCCGCGCCGCAAUGGGUAUUCCCAAGUAUUGAACGACAUUAUUAG